GGGUUCUGGGUCCCGGCGAGAUGGAGGACUAUGAGGAGGAGCCGCAGGACCUCGAGGACGACUUCCACAGCCAAUUCGAGGCCGAGCUCGAGGUGCUAGCCGAGCUGGAAGGUGGGCGGUGGCCCUGCCCGGAGCCGGCCGGAGCCCCGGUCUGCCCCGCAGGUCCUGCCCACCCCAGUUUCCAGGAGGCCAGGGCUAGGGGCUCCUCUGCCUCCCGUUCUUGUCCCGCAGGGCCUCCAGGGACCUGUGCUCCGGCUGCGAAGCGGGAGGUGGAUGAUGUCGAGACGGCCGGAUCCCCACUCCCCACCCUCAAGGUCAAACGUCCCAGAUUGGAGGUGGUGAAGCAACUGAACUUUGAUCCAGAGAGAGAGGAGCCACUUGACUCCCCACCUGGGGACAUCACUCCCCCACUGAGUCCUGAGGUUCCCCAGGAGCUGUGGGGUGCUGGGCCUCCAGACGCCAGUGCUGACCUGGGCCUCUCACGUGCCCUGCCGGGUCCCCGCAAUCCUGUCUUGAGGCGGCCUCCUGUCUUGGAGGAUUACAUCAACGUGACAUCCACAGGCGGUGACCGAGCCUUUCUGGUCUUACGAGCAGACCCUACCGGCACUGGGGUACAGAGCUCCUUCUCGAGUGUCCAGUGGAGAGGUCAUGGCCAGCUGAACCUGCUGGGUGUGUCCUUCACCUCCCUGAAGGAGCAAGUUGACAGUGAGCGGCGGCGGCAGCUGCUUGAGGAGACCCAGCAGCUCUCAGAAUCUUUGCACAGCCUUAGGUCUGAAGAGGAGGAGGCCCAGCCUGUGGGGGCCCCUGAGGAAGAAGAGCUGGCUGACAGCCGAGACACCCCCCAACACUGCCUGUGGGUAGAUGAGUUUGCACCCCAACGCUACACAGAGCUGCUCAGUGAUGAUUUCACCAACCGCUGCCUCCUCAAGUGGCUGAAACUCUGGGACCUGGUAGUGUUUGGCCAAGAGAGGCCUGUCCGGAAGCCCAGGCCCAGUAUGGAGCCAGGCCAGACAGGGAAAGAGGCCACGGUCCCCGGCAAGUGGAAAAGCCAUGAGCAGGUGCUGGAGGAGAUGCUGGAGGCCGAGCUGGACCCCAGCCGGAGACCCCGGCAGAAGGUGGCACUGCUGUGUGGGCCCCCAGGGCUGGGGAAGACCACACUGGCCCAUGUGGUUGCCCGGCAUGCAGGUUACUGUGUGGUGGAGAUGAACGCCAGUGAUGACCGUAGUCCUGAGGCCUUCCUGACACGCAUCGAGGCAGCCACGCAGAUGGAGUCGGUGCUGGGUUCAGGGGGGCGGCCCAACUGCCUGGUCAUUGAUGAGAUUGAUGGGGCCCCCACAGCUGCCAUCAACGUUCUCCUGAGCAUCCUGAACCGCAGGGGACCACAGGAAGUGGAGCCAGGGACCCUGGCAGUGCCCACAGGUGGAGGACGGCGGCGCCGGGCAGAUGGAGGCCUUCUGACAAGGCCCAUUAUCUGCAUCUGCAAUGACCAAUUUACACCAUCUCUGCGGCAGCUGAAGCAGCAGGCCUUUCUGCUCCACAUCCCCCCGACUCUUCCCUCCAGGCUGGUGCAGCGGCUUCAGGAGAUCUCCUUGCGGCAGGGCAUGCGGUCGGAUCCAGGCGCGCUGGCAGCCCUCUGUGAGAAGACAGACAAUGAUAUCCGUGCCUGCAUUAAUACCCUGCAGUUCCUAUAUGGGCGGGGCCGCCGGGAGCUGAGCAUGCAGGACGUGCAGACCACCCGUGUUGGCCUCAAGGACCAGCGUAAGGGACUCUUCUCUGUAUGGCAGAAUGUCUUCCAGCUGCCCCGAGCUCAGAGGCGACUCGUGGGCCAGGACCAGCCCCUGCUGGCCUCGUCGCUUCUAUUCAGUCAGGGAGAUAUGAGCUCCCUGCCGCUGGCCUCUCAGCGUUUCUACCACAUCCUGCGAGUCACCACCUCUGCAGGCGAGCAUGAGAAGGUGGUCCAGGGCCUGUUUGACAACUUCCUGCUGCUCCGGCUGCGGGACUCCAGCCUUGGUACUGUGUGCUUGGCCCUGGACUGGCUGGCCUUUGAUGACCUGGUGGAGGGGGCCGCCUACCAAGGCCAGAACUUCCAGCUUCUGCGCUACCUGCCCUUCCUCCCUGCGGCCUUCCACGUGCUCUUUGCCUCCAGCCACGUGCCACGCAUCGCCUUCCCCAGCAGUCAGCAGGAGGCCCAGAGUCGCAUGAGCCACACAAGGAACCUGAUCCAGACACUGGUGUCUGGCAUUGCACCAGCCAUCCGCAGCUGGGCUACAUCGCAGGCCCUCGUCCUGGACACCCUCUGCCUGCUCCUGGACGUCCUCGCCCCCAAGCUGCGCCCCGUGAGCACACAGCUGUACAGUGCCCGAGAGAAGAAACAGUUGUCUAGCCUGGUGGGCACCAUGCUAGCCUACAGUCUCACCUACCGCCAGGAGCGCACACCAGAUGGACAGUACCUCUACAGGCUGGAGCCGAAUGUGGAGGAGGUUUGCCGCUUCCCUCAGCUGCCUGCCCGCAAGCCCCUUACCUACCAGGCCAAGCAGCUCAUUGCCCGGGAGAUUGAGGUGGAGAAGAUGCGGCGGGCAGAGGCUUUGGCCUGGGCCAGGGACAGCCCCCAGGUGGACAGGGAUUCCCCAGGUCCUGCCAACCUGCGAGGGAACAGUGGGGAAAAGGGGGAGAGGCGGCCUGCCCCGUGCAAUCACAAGCAGCGGCUGGAGCACAUCAUGAAGAGGGUGGACCCGGAGGCUCAGCUCGAGAGGGACUUCUUUGGACGCGUUUUGGUCAGGAGAGCUGAGACCCAGAGCACAGAGGCCAAGGCUGCAGAGGACACUGCUACGUGGUGCAUGGGCACAGCCGUGGGCAGGAGUGAGGUGUGGUUCCGCUUCAAUGAGGGGGUCUCCAACGCUGUGCGGCGCAGCCUGUACAUCAGGGACCUGCUGUAACCUCCCU